CGUUUUCUUUUUCCGUUUGGUUGCCGGGAAACCGCGAGAAAGCAGAGAAGGAAAAUUGACUGAGUUUUCCUUUUAGUUUUCAGCUUCCUGGCGGUGCAUUUGUUUCUUUUAUUGAUUCAUUUUAUUCAUUACUCAGCUGCUGACUUUUCUCUAUUCGUAGUUCUGUUUCUUUUGGCUAUGUCCUUGAAGGUACCUGCAUUUGGAAGAUAGCUUCUUGUUUGGUUUCUGCUUUCCUGUUUGGUUUAUUGCUCGUAAAUUAGGUGCAUUAGAGUCCCAACCUAAUUCUUUUUUGAUGAUUUAUUGUGUUGACUAUUGAUUAUUGCGAUGGUUGUUUCAGAUAUGCUAUAGAUGUUUCCUUCUCAUUUAACUUGAUAACCGGGAUGAAUGAGUUCAUUGUUUCAAAUACUUGGCACAAUCAGUGACUUUAGCUCUUAGUUAUUGUAUCAUGAUUUUCCAGAGAUGGUAAUCUUUCACAAAUCAUAUUAUGAGAAAAUUAUUGUUUUUCUUGCUCCUUAUUGUGUUUUAAUUUUUUCGCCGUCGAUUCCUCGAUUCGAAAGUUUUUGAUAUAUAAAUCUAAUUUCUGAUGGCACCUUAAAUCUUUUUGAAUCUUUUUUAAAAUAAAACUUUUCAUUUGAUGUCGGUUAAAAAAAAAAAAAAAAUGGUCCUCUUUGGCUGAUUGCUGCAAUAUUGGUUUGUUCUGUUUGUUCAGUUUUUAUUUUCCCUAACCGCAAAAACGGAAACGUCCACAUCUGUUCUAAUCUUGCUUUAGAGCUGUAUUUUCUUAAGCUGAUGUGAUAUCGUGUUUGAUUUCAUCUUUGAUUUCUUAUUCUUAAUGAUUUGUCGAUCCCUGUGCCCUACAAUAGGAGUGGAUGGUCAAAUGUCUAUUUUCAAGUCAUAAUCAACUAAAUUAUUUACAAAUAGCGCGGGGAGAAAAUUUCAUCCUACAAAGUCAUACUUUCCCUUGUAUCAGCUUCUUCAAGUACUUGGUCUUUCUUUGACAUUGCAUUGAGUUUGCUACAUUCUCACUGAGAGGAACGUCGCUUUUUUCCUUUUGAGAAUCACACGUGUGGAACAUAAUAUUCUGUUAGCUGAUUGACUGACGAUGACUUGGGAGAUGACAAAGUGCAGUAUUCAGAAGGAUUGUGCUUGAUGGACUGUGUGCCAAACAGUAGUGACAAGAAUACUUUAAAGAGGUGGUUCUUCAUCGACAAAAGGGUUGGGUGAAUAGAUAUCUUUGACAGAAGAUUGAGACAAAUUUUCUGUGUUUGUGUGGAUAGACUGCAGUUAAAUAUUUCUUGGUUUCUACUCUGCUAAUUUGGUGCAAAUCUGGAUCCAAUGGACCUGAAAUCAAAUCAUACUUCUCCGGUUAUUACCGAUUCUGCUCCCUUAAGCAAGUCAAGACUGGGUGUUCAUUCCAAUCUGUUGCCAUACUCACCACCGGGAACCGGUUUUUCACAAAAUCUAAUCCUAACAGUUCCUAGGAAGAAAACUGGAAUACUUGAUGAUGUUCGUGCCAGUGGUUGGCUUGAUGCCAUGAAAUCCUCAUCUCCUCCGCAUAAGAAAAUAACCAAGGAUUUCAACAGUGAGCUUUCAUCCACUGAUACUGAUGUUGCUUACUGCACGUGGAUGCUUAAGUAUCCAUCAGCAAUUAGAUCAUUUGAGCAAAUCGCAAACUAUGCGAAAGGAAAGAGAAUAGCGUUGUUUCUGGACUAUGAUGGGACACUUUCACCAAUUGUAGAUAAUCCUGACUGCGCAUUCAUGUCCAGUGCUAUGCGUGCUGCGGUGAAAAAUGUGGCGAAGUAUUUCCCCACAGCCAUAAUUAGUGGAAGAAGCCGUGACAAGGUAUACGAAUUUGUAGGGUUAACUGAACUCUACUAUGCAGGGAGUCAUGGAAUGGAUAUCAUGGGUCCGGUCAGAGAAUCUGCAUCAGGUGACCAUCCAAACUGUUUGAGAUCCACUGACAAGAAGGGGAAGGAAGUUAAUUUGUUCCAGCCUGCUAGUGAGUUUUUACCUAUGAUUGAUGAGGUUUUUCACUCGCUUGUGGAAAGUACAAAAGAUAUUAAAGGAGCAAAAGUGGAGAAUAAUAAAUUCUGUGUUUCUGUUCAUUACCGUAAUGUAGAGGAGAAGAGCUGGGCAACAGUUGCUCACUGUGUCCAUGAUGUGAUUAAAGACUAUUCACGUCUGCGAUUAACUCACGGGCGAAAGGUGUUGGAGGUCCGACCUGUCAUUGACUGGGAUAAAGGGAAAGCAGUCACAUUUUUGCUAGAAUCAAUUGGACUUAGCAACUGUGAUGAUGUGCUCCCAAUUUAUGUUGGAGAUGACCGGACAGAUGAAGAUGCAUUUAAGGUGUUGAGGGAGAAUAAUCGUGGAUAUGGGAUUUUAGUCUCAUCUGUGCCCAAGGAAAGCAAUGCAUUUUACUCUCUCCGUGAUCCUUCAGAGGUUAUGGAGUUUCUAAAAGCUCUAGUGGUGUGGAAGAAAUCAAGUGCUCUGUGA